UGUCAGCAACAGUGUCACGUCAGCAGUGCCACAUCAGCAAUGCCACAUCAGCAGUGCCACGUCAGCAGUGCCAUGUCAGCAAUGCCAUGUCAGCAGUGCCACAUCAGCAGUGCCACGUCAGCAGUGCCACGUCAGCAAUGCCACGUCAGCAGUGCCACAUCAGCAGUGCCACGUCAGCAGUGCCACGUCAGCAGUGCCACGUCAGCAGUGCCAUGUCAGCAGUGCCACGUCAGCAACAGAGCCACGUCAGCAGUGCCAUGUCAGCAGUGCCCCGCCACCAUGACGGUCGCAGUUCUGGGCAUGCCAGGCCAACUGGCCAAUGAGUCCAUUGCCGAGUACCGACAGCGGUUCGAAUCUCAGCUCGCACUGAUCGAGGCUGAGGAACAGCGUCAGGCGGCAGCCGAGGCUGCCCGCCUACAAGCUGAAGCGGCAGCAGCAGCUGAAAAACAGCGGCUUCAGGACGAAGCAGACGCAGAUACCCAGGCACGCCGCAAGGAGGCCCAAUAUCUGCUACGGCGGCAUGAAGCCACCAGCAUCGAAAAGCUCAAGUUUUGGCAUUUUGAACCAUCCGAGCACCACGAAGACGCGACAUCGGAAGAGCAGCACAAGGAGUUCCUUGCCAAACUCGUGACCCGGUUGGUUUACACUUGUAACCACCUGCAGUCCGAGCUGGCGAAUCUCCGACGGGCGGUGCGGAACCACAAGGAUCUGCACGAGGAUGCUACACGGGCACUUGAUUCCUGCGUACAGGACUUGGAGCAAGUGGCACCAAGACCAGAUGCUGGCGAGUCCAGCAAUGCACCCUCUACCCGCCAAUUGGAGGAACGAGUUGACCACGUAGUCGCAAUGCUCGGCGACAUCAGCACCUUCGCUGCACCAGCCACCAUCAGCAAGCAGCUGGACACCUUGAAGACCGAGGUUCAGCAACUGCACCAGUUGCCCAACAAGCAUGGCAACACCAGUGCCUGCCACGUGGUGUCCGCCACAAGCAUUCGAGCUUCCAUCAUCAGGGAUGACAUCGAGGAGAUGGGGGUGUGUUUUCUCCACGCCCUCCCGCCCCAUGACAUUCCAUCGACGGACUCAUCACCGGACGCACGCAUCACCGAGCUUCUCGACGCCUACGACGACGUGUUCGAAGCCCCGCACGGAGUAGUACCGGAUCGGCCCAUCCGCCACGAGAUCAUCCUCGAGGCCGGGGCCAUACCUCCGCGUGGUUGCAUCUACCGCAUGAACGAGGAAGAGUUAAGUGUGCUACGGGCACAACUCGAUGACCUUCUCGACAAAGGUUGGAUUCGGCCUAGCUCUUCGCCAUACGGUGCUCCCGUUCUCUUCGUCCGGAAGAAGAACAAGGAUUUGCGGUUGUGCAUCGAUUAUUGCAAGCUCAAUGCGCAAACCGUCAAGAACGCCGACCCUCUUCCGCGCAUCGACGACCUCUUCGAACGACUGGGCGGCGCCAAGUUUUUCUCCAAGCUUGACCUCAAAUCGGGAUAUCACCAACUCGAGAUCCGACAGGAGGACCGCUACAAGACCGCGUUUAAGACACGAUAUGGGCAUUUCGAAUGGCUGGUUAUGCCUUUUGGCCUUACGAGUACCCCGGCCACAUUCCAAGCGGCUAUGACAACGGAGUUCCGACACAUGCUGGAUAGAUUCAUACUCAUCUACCUCGACGACAUCUUGGUGUACAGUCGGAGUUUGGACGAGCAUGUGGAGCACCUGCGCACCGUUUUGGAGCGACUACGAAAAGCCAAGUACAAAGCCCAGCACGACAAAUGCGAAUUCGCGCGGCAAGAGCUGGAGUACUUGGGACAUUAUGUGACGCGCAAGGUGCCAUUCGUAUUCGAUGACGGCGCACGCCUGUCAUUCCAAGCUCUCAAGACGGCCAUGCUCAUGGCACCCGUCCUUAGCAUCUACGACCCCACCCUGCCAACGAGAGUGACAACUGACGCUUCCGGCUAUGGCAUUGGGGCAGUCUUGGAACAACACGACGGCGACGACUGUUGUCACUCUCGCGAGUAUUUUAGCCACAAAGUGCCUCCCAUCCAUUCACGUGAUGAUGCAAGGAAGAAGGAGCUGCUCACGUUCGUGAUGGCUCUCAAGCGAUGGCGGCACUUCCUCCUUGGGCAUCGAAGGUUCACAUGGGUCACGGACAACAACCCAUUGACCUACUACAAGACGCAGAAUACGAUGAGCAGCACGAUCAGACGAUGGAUGUACUUCAUCGACCAAUUUGACUUCACACCGAAACAUCUCGCCGGCCUCUCCAAUCGCGCAGCAGAUGCACUCUCGCGAAGACCCGAUCUUUGCGCUAUGACACAUCAUGCCUUCCCAUUCGACGAGGAACUCCAGCGACACUUCAUUCGGGGCUAUGAGUCUGACCCGGAUUUCGCCACGUUGUAUGCGCAACUAUCUUCGGAUCACCCGCCGGCCAGCCACUAUCGCAUCGUCGAUGGGUUCUUGCUCCUCCACUCGCGAGGCAAGGACUUAUUGUGUGUCCCACGCGACAGUCGUCUUCGGACUCGCCUUCUCGGUGAGUACCAUGACUCGCGACUCGCCGGCCAUUUCGGAGUCAAUCGCACUAUUGCACGACUUCGGCAACGAUUCCCGAUGGCCCGACCUCAUUACCGAUGUCACUCGGUAUUGCGACUCUUGUGAAGUUUGCCGACGAAGCAAGCCCCGCAACCGCAAUC